AUGCUCAGACCGGUGUCCAGUUUGUGUCUCAGUCCCAGCGUGAAGCUGAAACUGGUCCGCGCUGGUUUCCAGUUUACCACCGACCUGCUGCACCUCCGGCCGGGGCAGCUGAGCGCAGAGGCCGGUGUGUCGCAGCAGGAGGCGCUGCAGGUGCUACAGGCAGCAAGUGCAGACGCAGCAGGAGGCGGAGUCACUGCACUGGAGCUGCUGCAGAAGGAGGCGGAGCUAAAGAGCAUUGUGACGUUUUCCUCACAGCUGGAUGAGGCUUUAGGAGGAGGAGUACCUGUCGGGAAAACCACCGAGAUCUGUGGAGCACCUGGAGCAGGAAAGACACAACUCUGCCUGCAGCUGGCAGUUGACGUCCAGGUGCCGCGGUGCUUUGGGGGCGUCGAGGGUCAUGUGAUCUACGUGGACACUGAGGGCAGCUUCCUGCUUCAGAGGGUUGUCGACAUGGCCGCUGCCGCCGUCAGACACUGCUCCUUAUUGGCUGAAGACGAGGAGCAACGUGUCGCCAUGGAGACCUUCACCGUGGAGACCAUCCUAUCCAACAUCUUCCUGGUGCGUUGCCGUGAUUACGUGGAGCUGCUGGCUGAGCUUCACCUGUUGGCCGACUUCCUGUCGGCGCGGCCGAAAGUCCGCCUCCUGGUGGUUGACAGUGUGGCAUUUCCGUUCCGGCGGCUGUUAGACGAGCUGUCGCAGAGGACACGCCUCCUCAACGGUGUCGCCCAGCACCUCAUCACCAUGGCAACAAGCCAACACAUCGCCGUAGUGAUCACCAAUCAGAUGACCACAAGGCUACGAGGUGGCCAAUCACAGCUGGUCCCCGCCCUCGGGGAGAGUUGGGGCCACGCCCCCACCAUCAGGCUCCUCCUACACUGGGAGGGGCCACGGCGCCUGGCGACCAUCUUUAAAUCUCCGAGUCACAUGGACACCACCGUCCAAUACCAGAUCACUGCAGAUGGCUUCAGAGACACCGAGCAACCAGAGCUGCCGCAGAGCAAACGGCGUCAAACAUAGGCCGACCAAUCAGCUGCCACCUGCUGACUGUCGGCCAAUCAGUGGCGGAGCUGAGUGUUGACAUGGCACAGGCUGUUUGUGUUCACUGUUUAAAUAAAGUUCCGUUUGAUUCUCAGACAUCAGUCAAUAAAAACAGACUUUUAUUGUUUAAAACAA